CUUCCUUGGGAAGCUCUGCACCACCUCACCCCCACCCCUGCGCUGCUGGAGCCUGGGGCCACUCUGGUCUGCAGCCCAAAUCCUGCCUCGUUGUGCUGGGGGGCCAGGCUGGGGUUGGAGAGAGGGCCUGGCAGGACGAGUCAGCUGAGACUACUUCUGUACACGGAUGUGGAGUCAAAUGGAGAGCUGCCUGCAGGGCCAUACGAAGAUGUUGCUGUUCCACGUCAAGUUCUGCAGGAGGCCCCCUAUCAGCCUCCAGAGAGCCCUGAGGAGGUGGAACCUUCUCCAGUCCAGGAGGAAGCUGCGUCUCAGCCUCCAGAGAGCCCCGAGGAGGUGCAACCUUCACUUGAGCAGGAGGCCCAGGCUCAGCCUGCAGAGCAUCCUGAGGAGGCGGAACCUCCUCCAUUCCCUCAGGAGGCCCAGGCUCAGCCUGCAGAGCGCCCUGAGUAUGACUCUGCCCCACUCCAGCAAGAGGCCCCAGCGCAAGUUCCGGGGUCCCCUGGUGAGAAUGUACCUCAGUUUCCAGUGAGUGAAGAGGCAGCAGCUCGACCUGGAAGUAACUAUCCAGCUCACUCCAAGCUGUCCAGUGUUACACUUAAACCUGUGGAUUUGGAACUUAUGGUCACUCCAGAGCCUGCUAAGGAAGGCGAGUUUACCGCAGCCCAGCAGGAGCCCCGGCCUCAGCCUCCUGAAUAUUCUGUGGAGGCAGAACCUUCUCCAACCCCGCAGGAUGCCACAGGUCAGCCUCCAGAGCCUCCUGAGGAAGCUGAGCCUUCUCCAGGUGAACAGGGACGACCGGCUCAGCCUUAUGAGCCUAAUGGGGAAGUUGUACCCUUCUCAACCCAGCAGGAGAGCCCAGCUCAGCCCACAGAGCAUCCUGAGGUGGUGAACCCAGCCACCCAGCAGGAGAGCCCAGCUCAGUCUCCAGCAGAGAUAGAGCCUUCCGCAACCCAGCAGGAAAGCACAGCUCAGCGUCCACAGUCUCCCGCUGAGGCCGAACCCUCUCCAGCUCAUUCUCAAGAUCAUGUGACAACAGCUUCUCCUCCAGGCCAGGAUCAAGCUCAGUCUCUGCAGUGGCCCAGUGUCACUGUUAAACCUGUGGACCUUGCACUCACCAUAACUUCAGGGCCCACAAGUGAAGCUGGACCUUCUCCGCCCCAACAGGAGGCCUCAUCUCAGUCUGCAGGGUCCCCUGAGCAGUUGGAACCGUUACUGGUCGAGCAGGAGGUUCCGGAACAGCCUCCAGCCCCCUCAGGAAAUGGUGAACCUUCUCCAGUCCAGCUUGAGCCCCCAACUCAGCCUCCAGAGACCUCUACAGCUGCCACAGCUCAACAUCCAGUACAUAAUGAGGUGACGUUCUCACCUGCAGGGCCAGGUGAAGCUCAGCAUCCAGUGAUGCCUAGUACCAUAGGCAAACCCCUGGAUCUCACAGUUGUCAUCACUCCAGAGCCUGCUAAGGAGGCUGAAAGUUCCCCAGAGCAGCAGGAGGGCUCUGCUCAUUUUCCCGUUUCCCCCGAGCAGGCUGAAAUUUCUCCAGUCCAGUCUAAGCCUCUUUCUCCGUCUCCGGAGCACCCUGGGAAGGUUGAAUCUCCCAGGACAACAAGAGGCCACAGCUCAGACUACAGGUCCCCCUGAGGGGGUGGGGCUUUCUUCGGUCCAGGAGGAAGCCCCGUCUCAACCUCCAGAGCCACCUAAGGAGGUUGAGAUGACAGUUGGAAGACCAGGACAGAAUCACGCUCAGCAUUCCAGCUCGCCCAGUGUCACUCAUAAAGCUUUGGACCUGGGGCUGACCGAGGCCUGGCUCAGACGCAGCAGCCUGAGGGCACCAGGGAGGCCCGGCUGCAGCAGGGGCGGUGGGGUCUGUCCUCUCCCACCCUCAUCUCAGCAUCAGGAAAAUCUGUUCACUGUAGACUGGAGGGACUAGGGGCUGGAGACGGGGGAGAGCCAUGAAAACAGCUCCUUCCUUAAAAGAAAGGGUGGACAAAUCACUCCAUCGUUACUCUUCGUGUCUAGGGAGACAGAGAGAUGGAAAGAGAGACCAGGGUAAGGACUGAGACAAGAAUGAAAAAUACAGAGAAGCACAGAAGUACAGAGAGUCUAGACAGAAAGGUGCCAAGACAGAAAUAGAUACAGACACUGGGAGACAGAGAAACACACACCUGGAGGGUGUCUGGAUGGAAGGUGCUGGGAGACGGGGUGGGGCUGAGUCAGAACUGAUGUGGGGGGAUGGUCGUGCAGGAAGCCGAGCCGCUGAGGCCCUGAGGGUUUGGGGUCCUUGGGGAGUCUGGGACAGAAGGGCCUAGAGCCACGGGUUCCCCACCUACCAGUAUGGCCUAUCCAAGGACGGGGCUGGGGCUGAAGUAGGUGUGCGGAAGUGUAUCCAGUCCCCUCCCAAGGCUGCUGGCCUGGGGUCCCUGGAGCUGGGGACAGGUGCCUGCCUUUCCGCGUCCUCCUCCCGAACUGUGCCAGCUGGCCCCGUCCCCCCACCCCAGGCCAGUGUCAGGUUCCAGGCUGUUCCCCGGGGGAACUUUGAUCUGGAAAGAAUGAGGGUGACCGAGCUGGCGGCUGCCCAGGGCCGAGCCGUGCCACUGAGACCUGGCCUGGGCUGCCCCUGCCACCUUCCCACCUGUGGGGGCACCAGGCAGUCACUCCAGGGCUCAGGAGACACAGGUGGGGUCUCUUCUGCUUUCCUGCCCCCCUGUUCUCUCCACUUCCAUUC